ACGCUUGCUGUUUGACACUGGAGGACUUAGUGGGGGGAGGAUGUCACCCUUUAUUUGGGCUGAAAUAGGUUUCAAAUGCAUAACAAGGCACUCAAAGUGCACAGGCGGGUUUAAAACACCGAGCCCCAGAAGAAUGAUAUACAGCCUGCGUAGGAACGACAGUUUGUGGCUUUCCUGCUAGGCGCCUAGUAGAAAACAAGUGAUCUCUCGGACAGUCGCUGUUAGACACGCCGAGGCGCUGAGACGCCAUAACUCUCGCAGGGCGGGUCUAAAACUAUGCAGCGGCCAUAUUCAGUCUCCCCUGCAGAAUCACAGAAAAACGAGACCUCUUGUGUUUCAUGGGGUCCCUGCUUCCAGGGGACGACUGAGAUGCUUAAAACAAAGCACCCGCUAAUGUGCUUUGCGUGAGGCAGAGAGGCGCACAGUGACUGACACAGAGCGCUGGAGGAAUGGGGGAUAAAAACUAUUUCUUCAAAAUAACACAGCGACGAAGAUUGCCCUCUCUUAAACGUGUUUGAGGGCGUUCCUUGGCAUAGGACGUACAAAUGCGGACACGUGUAACGGAUCGAUUUCUCGCCAUCCCACUCGCGGUGCCGUCUGGAUUGUUUGGAAGGCUUUUUUUUUCACUGGGGGGCCCUGCAGGAAUUUUGCGGAAUGUCCAGCGUCCGGAUUGAUACGCUUUGCGCAGGAGGAGGCAGGGUCAAGGGGCGGGCCUGCUUAGGGGGUGCCCGAAUGACCAUGUGGGCGCGAGACUCAGAAUUCAUCAUGGCGGGAUACAGUGCCACGAGGGGUAAAAACCAAACCCAUCUCUUUGCCUUUGCAAGCAUCGCCUUUAAAGUCGUCGUCUUACUCGGGUGCGCUGGGCAAGCCGUACCGGACACCCGCCCCAGCCAAUGUCAACAGGACAUCCCUCUGUCUGUGCCCGAGGGUGGUGGCGCGCAACAGCCCCUUAACCUCACGGAGCGCUUUGCCCAGCUCUCCUGGUACGAUGCCUUGGCUGGGACAUGGGUGCCGAUAGCCGUCAUCCGUCCAGGGAAAUCAAACCCACUCAACAGCUCCUUCGCCAGGCACAUAUCCAUGUCCAACAGAUGGCUCACCGUGACGAACGCCAGCAAAGCCAUUGCAGGGGUGUAUAAGAUCGAAUCUGAGAUGAACAAAAACAAGUGUCUGGUUUUCAUCCGUCUGAUUGUAACAGAGCCUGCACCAACCUCAGCUCCGGUAUCCCAGGUGGCCCUGGUCAGCAGCGGGACGGCAGCUGCGGAGCCUGGAUCUUGGUCCAGCCGUAUUGCCGUGGUGGUGGUGCCGGUGGUGGGGUCAGUGAUGGUGGCGGCGCUGUUGAUAUGGCAGAUAAAGAAUAUUGCUCGCUACGUGCGCUCGUUCGGCAGCCGUCAUGAUUUCCCUGCCAGAGCCGCCCCGUCCCAGCAGGCCAGCGACUCAGGCCCCAUGCAGGAGCUGGCAGAGCUGACGCAGCUGGAGGACGCCAGAGGUGGGGACCGAUUGCAAGCGCUGCGGGGCCCGGACUGCUGCCAUGCUGGUUUUAACAGCGCUCACCCUACGGAGACGGGCAUUAUUAUCCACAGCGGUGCAUCCACUCACGACUACCGUUCAGCAGCGCCUGGCCUUGUUUCCCAGCUCUGGACUCACUCCUAAUUGCACCCAGCCAGGGGUGAGGGGUGUGUGUGUGGGGGAAACUGGUCUGAUUCUCCCCAGGAGGGGGUGGUAAAUAAACCAGUACGUGGAUAAAACCAAAGGGGCAAACUACCGAGCAGUCGGGCAACGAGCACAGGAGACGGCCAAUGGGCGAGCUGCUACAAGGCUGGGCGCAGGCGGGUCCCACCUCCGGAGGCUGACCAGGAAUGUAUUCUGAGCACCAAACAGAGGCAGGAGACUGAAGAAUUUGUUCUACCGAUAGAAUAAAAACCUGCAGGAUCUUAUUAAGAGGGAUAAGGCAAAGAUGCCACAUUUAUUGUAAAUAUAAUGAUAAAGCAAAAGAUA